AUGAGCAUAUUGUCUGCUCGUUAUAUGCUCAUGGUGAAAGCGGUAAUAUGGAGGGCCUUGAUGGCUGUUGGCAUGAAGUUCCAUCACUUCGCUGAUCCCAAACCUCCUACACCUAAUUUUAAGAUUGUUGUUCCGUCGAGGUUAUCAGACAAGGGUGGCACAUUUAUACUGGUCUUUUACGUUCCGCAAUCGUACUUUGAAGCACCGGAGGGAUACCAGUAUCCAGUGGUGGUCAAUUUUCAUGGUGGAGGAUUCACAUUGGGUACAGGAACCGACGAUGCAAGAUGGGCAGCAACAGUAACUGGUGUGGUCGAGGCAGUUCUCGUGUCUGUCGAAUAUAGACUGGCUCCGGAAUAUCCGUUUAGUGUAGGAGUGGAGGAUGGUACAGAUGCCUUGAUAUAUCUGGCUUCGCACGCCGAAGAGUUACAACUUGAUCCUCAUCGGAUUGCUCUCUCUGGCUUCUCAGCAGGAGGUAAUUUUGCACUUACAGUUCCAUUGAUGCUCCACGAUUUACGAAAUGAAGCGGGAAGACGAAAUUUAUCAGAAGCCCAACCAGUCAAAAAACAAAAACAUAAAUCCCCAGAUCAUCUAGCAACACCCGAUGGAGUUGGAACACCAUCAGCCGCGUCCUCUACUCUGUCUCUCCCCCGAUCACCUCUCACAGCAAGUCAUUCCUCAAUGUCCGUAUAUAAACUGACGGACCUCCAACCGACCGCCUUGGAAAUAGAACAAUCAGUUCCAGAUCUCACGAUUUGCGCCAUCGUCUCCUUUUACCCACCAACCGACUUCCGAGAGACCCGUGAGCAGAAAAGAGCAACGAAUCCACAUCCCGAAAAGAAUCUACCCCCCAUGCUUACCGAUCUUUUCGAUAAAUCCUACAUCUCGUCAUCAAUCGACCUAUCCGACCCCUAUCUCUCACCCGCAGCUGCCUCAGAUGCUUUCCUCCGAGCCGCAUAUCCUCAAGAUAUCGUACUCUAUACCUGCGAAUACGACAUGCUGAACGCCGAAGGCGUAGCAUUUGGGGAGCGCCUAUCUGGUCCCGGAGUAGGGAAGACGGUUCAUGGGGGAUUGGUGAAAGAAGUAGUCCACGCAUUCGAUAAGAAACCUAAUCCUCUCAAAUUCCCUGCUGCCGCGGAUCGAUGUUAUUCUGAAGCUUGUUCGGAGCUGAAGAGGGUGUUUGGGGGAAGGACGACGUUGGGGGAGAGGAGGCAGUUGGGGAUAGAGGAGAGGGUGGAGAGAUUCGAGGAUGGUGACGUGCAUGAUGGGUUGGCUAUUGCUGAUGGCACUGUUGGUGAGGGGAAGUUGGAUGGGAAUUUGGAUUCGGUCAAGAGCUUCAAGGAAGGGAGUAUCCAGGAUGGAAUCAUGAGGACUGCGCAGGCUAAGGGUAUGGUUAGUGGUGGGGAAUCGAAUAAGCAAAAGAAUAAGACGACCAAGGACUUUGGUCAUAAGAAAGUACCUGAUGGAGUCGCUGGGGAUAAGGAUAUGGUGUGA